GUAAAUAAAUGUACAGAAGCAAGACAGUGAGAACGUGAGAAAACUUCAAGAUGGACAGAAGACGAAACAUGACCAUUGUCGCCAUGCCGGACCGGAAGAGGACCUUGGUGGCAUUCGACAGAAGACGGAACAUGACCUUGGCGGCCUACAACAGAGACACGGACUUCGACCUGCCCCGGGACAGCCACACAGACCUGAUCCUGCCGGCCAUUGUGCAGAAGACCACUAGAACGGUGGCCGUACUGAAGAAGCGGGCCGUCCCUCUGCCACCUAUUGGCCGCGCCUCUGACAAGGGAGAGGCCAAGAAGAACAUCCUGAUGCAGAUGACGUCACUGGUCAAGACGUCCAGCUCGGAUUCCGACCUCAGCUACCAGGUGUUCAAACCCCAAGGCUCACUGCUGAUUGAUCCUAAGAAUAUUCCAGAUAGCAUGAUCUGCCCCGAUACCCUGAGCCUUAGAGACAUCAGUGACUUUAAGGCGCCGCCUAUGGAGAUCUUGAAGCGUAAGAAAACAGUGGAGCCCCACUAUAAACUCAUGCUAAAGAAAAGUUUAAAAGACGAACAGCGACGACUCCAGAAUUUCAAAAAGUUUAAAGCCGCGCAGUUAGAAAUGGAAGAUUACAUCAUGAAGAAAACAGGCAAAGAGCGGCACAAACUGCUUGUCCGCAGGAAGCAGCUACUGGUCAAGAGCCACCCCCAGGGGGAGGAGAGGAAUGUGAUCGAGCUGGAGAGGACCUAUACCCCGGAAGUUUUCCCAGAUAGCGCGUUCUUCGAGUGCUCCAAAUAUCUCAAGUACCAGAAGGACGGUAUCACAGUCUCACUCACCAGACGGGAGAGAGGAUAUGACGUCAAACCAGAGUGGGUUGGCUGCCCGGAUGUCACUGAAAUAGCAAAAUCAAAAGGCAAAACGGAAUCCAAGGACACGGUUCAGUUGAAGCGAUCACACGUUCAGACAGCAGUGGGACCCGUGGUUCUAAACGAUGCCGGGCAGUUUGUCCCCGAGGUACCGGUCCUGGGGAUCGUGGGGACAACAGUCAAAAGUUUCUUUAAGAACAAAUACGGGCAGAUGUAUAACUACGAUGAAAUGUCACGUGGUAGGGACUACGACAUUGACAGACUAACUCCCUUAAGUCCGUGGGCUGGUCGGUCAAGGUCGUUUAAAAUGUCCAACCAAUCACUGGAGACUGAUUCCAGCGACGAUGAUGAUCAAAGGUCAUCGAGGGUCGCCCUGCAGUUCGGUGAGACUGUGCUGGCAUGGUCUAAAGACAAGAACCGCAGGAACCAGAGCAUUAUGGUGGAGGUGGGCUGCUCGGCUGAGUUCGGCAUGAAGGCCGUGGGUUCUAUAUCCAUGACCAACAUCGGCACCACCGCCAUCUACUUCAACUGGUUCAGAGAGGAACGGAAGGAGUCGUUUAACAUGGAGAAAGACCACGAGGUCGGCAGGUUUAUUUUCGACUGCUGGGGCGGGGUCAUCCUACCCGACGAGAAGUUUCGAAUCCCGUUCAUGUACAAGGCCUUCAACAAAGGAUUCUACUACGAGGACUGGCGGCUGGUUACAAACCCGGUUCUAGAAAACGGCGGGAAAAUCAUCCUCCGGCUGUCCGGCUACACACGGCACUACGACCCGUACGUUCUGGCCAAGAUCAAGAUAGAAGAGGCGGUGAAGGUUCGAGAAGCUCCGACCAUAGUCAAGCAGAUCGUGGACAACCUGAUCCAACACCUGCCGCUGAAGGAAGGCCCGCUGAAGGACACGAGGUUUCUCUUGUGCUACAAAGGCAAAGAUUUGUUCCACCUCCUCAACCCUGGCCUGCACUACAACACCGCCGCCGUGUACCGACUGUCGAAAAUUCUAGAAAUCGUCCAGUCCAUGGACGGCAAGGGGGAUAACGUGUCCGACUACGGUAUGUCGUCCGAUUACUUUGAAAGCGAUUACGAGUCUUUACACGACACGGGCAGUGUUGCGGAGUCCGACUUUAAACCAGAACAAGCGGAGGAUUCCAUCAGUUACAAAGAAAGAAGUAGUGGCAGAAAUUCUCAAUCCGAUUCUUCCCCCGGCGGCAGCCAUCUAUGGCGACGGUCUCUGCCGUCGGAGACUCCCCUCCUCCUCCUGUACAAGAAAAUCGACCCCGACCAGAAGAGCUUGAAAGUCUUGCCGCUAGAGAGCCCGCCUCACUCGCCCGAGGACAUCUCCGUGACCGGCACGACGGUCAGCGAGAAGCCGGACAAAAAGGCCAGCAUCAUUCCACGCAAGGAGAGCUCCAGCAUCUCAUCAGGCGUCGACCAGCGCCGCGCCAGUAUGCACGCUAGUAAAUUCCUCGACGUGCCGGAAACGGAGGAGAAACCCCAGCCGAAAAUACACCGGAAAGUUUUCGCCCGAGCGCCCAUGAAUUUGGUGAACACGGAUUUCACAGUGGACGCGCUGAGGGAGGAAAUUUUGAUCGGGAUCAUCAGCACCACGGAGCAGGAUCUUAUAUUUAAUGCCCUCUCUAAUGAGGUCUCAAGCUUGAUGUUCAGGAAAGAUGAACCUAUAUCCAUCAACUGGAAACUGAUGGUCAGUCGAACUCUGAUGUGUACACUGUUGGACUCGUUCUCGGACUUUGAUGUCAAAUUACAGGAGCAAUGUUGCCUAGGAGAAACACACGCAGAUGCUUUUCCCGACAACUUAACGCACAAAAAGUCAAUGGCGAUUAUAUCUGACAGUAACGUCAUAUGGACAGUGGCACAAUUCGGGGCCAAAUUGUAUCGCAAAUCUAAAGAGAAGUCUGAUAAUAGACAAAAUUGGCGAGUUCUGACAAGUCAGUGUCAAGAAGGAAGUCCUAGAACUACCCUAGGGUACACCAGGUUUCAAAAGAUGUACUACUCUCGCUUGUACACAAAGAUGUACAGCCUGCUCGUGGACUACUUCGAUACACUAGAAACUCUCUUCACUGAGAAAAAACAAGCACAUAUCGACUACAGGGAGUUGACAUUUAGAAGGGUGGAUGACGUCCCGAUGACCUUGAGGGCCGAGGAUCUGCUGGAGAUCCCAACGGCUCCGUUCUGGAUCAAGGUCGCUUCAAGGUUAGGUAACGUCCAAUCGUCCAUAGCGGCCCGUCUCAAGAAAUUUGAAUAGUUCGAAAUCCAACUUUUUAAAAAGCCCAACGAACAAAAAUAUCAAUUCAGCAAAAACUGUGAGCUGUGCGCCAAACGUAAACACAAUGGCUUUGUUGUUGUUAGCCUUAAUCACGUGACCUGAUAAAUAUAGAUUCACCACUGAAAUCCAAAUGAUGCGCAUCAUACUGCAUACAACUCUAUAGACACCAUAUGGAAUGUAAAUUGUAUCCGUACCAUAUUCUCCACUACAACCCCACUAACAUACGUGUAUGUGGGCCUGUAUGUGGGCAACGUUGUUUCACAUAGCCGGUCAAGUUUUGUAUGUUUAUGACAUUGUUAUAAAUUAUUAUCUCAAUUACUUUAGAAAA